UUAUCAACUUUAAAAAAGGCACCUAAGUUGGUCGAUUGGUCGACGGUCGAGUAAAUUUACAAUUGCUCUAAGCUGAUUGCCGUUUAUUAUUAUUCAUUUCAUGUUUGUCAAUUUGUCAUUAACAUUGUUUAGAUAAAUGAAAGAGUGUCAACCACUAGAAUAAUUAAUUAAUUUAAAAAGGUUUUAGGUCACUAAACAUGUUAAAUUUGCAACGGUGUUCAAAAAUUUCAUCUGGUGUUAAACUUCAAUUUGGGAAGUCUUUAGCACAUAAAACAGCAUUGUGCUAUAGAUAUGUUCAUGUGGAUUCCUCGAGUUCUGGAAAAUCAAAUGUAGGAAAAUAUGCAUUUGGAUCACUAAUUUUUGGAUUUAGUUCCAUUGUUGUUUAUGCUAAAUAUGAUACAAAAUUUAGACAGUGGUUAAAAACUAAUGUAUAUGGUUCAGAUGAACUUUUAAAACUAUUACUAUUUGAAGAUAAAGUCAUAAAUAAUAUACCAAAUAAUUUAAAACCCAAACAAGAUCUUCCAAUUAAUAAACAUAAUGUUAAUGUUAUAAAAUCAACACCUUCGAAACUUGAAUCAAAAGAAUCGCAAACAAAUUCCACAAAAACAGAUAAACCAUUAGAAAAGGAAUUAACUGAAAAAAAAAACAUUUUAGGAAUUAAUACUGAAAAAGAUACAUCGAACUUUACAAAAAUUAAAAGUGAAGCAACUUUAAUAAUUAAUGAAGUUUCAAAUUCUUAUUCUGAAGCAUUGGAUGCAUUAAAAAACUAUUAUGAACUAGCAAAUGGAACUGUUAAUAAUGUUUCUCAUAAACACAAUACUAUUAUUUUGAAAAAAUUACAAAAAGCCAGUUUGGAAAAGGAUGAACUCUUUCAAAGUGCUAGAGUAAAUGCUCACGAAGCUAGAAAGCGUUUAGAUCAAAUGCUAUAUUCAUUGGAUGAUUCUAAAAAUGAAGAAAAAGAAACUAUUAAAAAUAAUAUUAUGAAAUUAAAAAUGGAGAUUAAAACAUUGGAAAAGAAUUUUGAAACUGAAAAAGAAGACUUAUUAUUAUUUAAUAAAUAUAAUGGACAAGUUAUGAAUAUUAGAAAACAAUUCUCAGAAGAGUUACAAUCAUUAUUUCCUCAUGUAAGACUCGAUGAUAAAAAUUUGAAGUUGACUGAUGCUGAAUUUAAAGUGUUUGUUGAUUACAUAACUCAAAAAUUAAUGUUUUAUCAAAAUGAAUUGUUUAAACAAGAAUUAAUUGGCGAAGAACAAGUAAAUGAUGUUGUUCAUGCAUUAAAAAAUGAUAAACCUGAAGCCAUCGAUAAAGUUUUAGGAUUUCAAGUGGAAAAAAAUCGUAGAAGGCAUAUGAAUAAUUUUAUCAAUGAAAGCUUUGGAUCAAAGGCAAAUAGUGAGGCGAAAUUCAAGGAACAAUUGAGAUUUCAAACUGAAGUGCACAUGGAUCAUUUAAAAGAAGCUGCCAAUUUAGCUGAAAAGGAAGUUGAACGCCGUGUAAAUUUAGAAUACUCUGAGAAAGCUGAAAUUGAGAAGCUUAAAUAUAAGGAACAAGUGUCGAACAUGAUUGCUGUUAUGAAUGGCAUAAAUGAUGCAGUAAAAGAGCAUUCAAAAAAACGAGAAAAACUUAACCAAUCAUUUUACUUAUGGAAAGCCUGCCAGUCAUUGUUUUCAGCGAUUGAUGCUUAUCAAAAUGAUUCAAAACAUGAAUUAAUACCUUUACAAGAUUUAGUAAAUAAUAUUAAAAAUUCGGGAGGUGAAAACCAUAAAAUAAUUAAAGAAUUGUUGAAUACAAUACCUGAAAGAGUGUUAACUCGAGGUAUUUAUACAGAAGAAACAUUAAAGGACAGAUUUCUUAAUGUUGAAGAUAAGGCUUUUCACAUGGCUUUAGUACCAGCUACCAAUGUGAAACUAUUUGAUUUGGUAACAUCAUUUGUUUUUACAAUUUUCACCUUUAAGUCCCCUGUACCAAUUUCUGAAGAAGAACUAAACAAUGCACCUAUUAAUGUUAAUGAAUUGAACAAUAUUGAUAUUCUCCAACGAGCCAGAUAUUGGAUAGAACGAGACAAUUAUUAUCAGGCCUUGCAGUACAUGUAUUUAUUGAAGGGAGGUGCUAAAAUAAUAGCAGAUGAUUGGAUGAACGAAACUCGAGAUUAUUUAGCAACACAGCAAGCUGCUCAAACCCUUUUAGCUUAUGCCUCAGAGAGUUUACGGUCCCAUGUAGACUUUAAUAAUACAUCAACAUAAUGUGACAUUCUCUAAUUGAAUACAUUUUUGUUUUUAUUCAUAGGAUCAUUGUUAGCUUGCAAUUUAUUUGUCAGCAGAAUCUAAUAUAAAAUGUUUAUUAAUUAAAUUAAUAAAUUAUACAGCUAUAGUACAGCUAAUUUUGUAUUAUUGA